CAGGCGCCGCCGCCGCAGUUCCCAUGGCGACGGGGGCGCGUCCCUGCACCAGGCCCCGCCCCCAGCAGGCUGGGCUGCGCAGGGCCGCUGGCGGCGCGGGCAGGUGCCGCGGGCUGCGGGCAGGUGGCGGCGCGGCGCGGCGCGGGCCGGAAACGGCUGCAGGAGAUUUAUCCUGCAAUAAAAUCCAAUUUAUUGAAAGACGUACCUUUGAAUCACUACCAUUUCUGCAGUAUGUAAAUCUUGGUUGCAAUUUAAUCACUGAACUGAGCUUCCGAACGUUUCAGGCGUGGCAUGGAAUGCAAUUUUUACACAAGGUAAUUCUCAAUCGUAAUCCUCUGACAACUGUUGAAGAUUCAUAUCUUUAUAAAUUGCCAGCAUUAAAAUAUCUAGACAUGGGAACAACACAAGCCCCACUUACAACAGUCGAGAACAUCCUCAUGACAACUCUUGAAUUGGAAAAACUGAUCUUACCUAGCCAUAUGGCCUGCUGCCUCUGCCAAUUUAAAAAUAAUAUUGAGGUUGUCUGCAAGACAGUGAAGCUACAUUGUGAUGCAUGUAUAGGAAACAGCACAGAAGAUUGUUUUGAAGAAGCAAGUGUAGGAAAUGCGGAGGGAGCGCUCAUGAAGGUAUUACAGGCCCGGAAGAAGCACACGAGCACCGAGCUGACCAUUGAGCCAGAGGUGGACCCAAGAACAAAGGAAAACUAUGUGUUUUUCUGGGAUUGCUCCCUCGCUGAGGAAAAAUCUAAGUGAGGAGAAAGUGAGAUACUCUUGGUUGCUUCUGUCUGGACAGCCACCCUGGUUCCAGCUUCCUGCUGGA